ACAGCUCGAACGGAGCGGCCUGUUCAGUAUGUUGCAGAAUGCAGAAUGGCGCGGUUGAAUGUGAUACGAAGUUGUGGGAAUAUGAAGCUCCAUAAAUUUUUCCUUUUCUUCAAUGUCUUGGACAUUGUCUACAAAGUUGUGCAGAGUGUUGACGGACACGCGCAAGGUUUUGUGCAGGCAGGUACUGACAUCAACGGACUUGUUGAUGGCGUCCUCGCACAGAUUUCAGAGCCAUCAGCAGUUAGCAGUUCGUCGCCUGUCAGCUUUGCAGACUUGGAAGACAGUAGCACAAAUAUGUACGCAAGCCCGAUAGCGUUUGAGCCCGCCCUCAUGGACUUCAAAUCGCAACCAUUAGGUAUGCCUGUGCGUCGACAAGUAGUUGUGAAGAACCUGAGUCCCGAAUCGAGCAUAGAAAUGCUGUCCAUCAGCGGCAACACAGCAAACUUUCACUGUUCCUUCUUUCAGGAAAAGAGGAUAUCACCGGGUGGCAACACGACAUUUGACAUUGUGUACCUGGGAAGGGAGCGGGGUCUAGUUGAAAAUAUAUUAUUUAUUCACACGUCAUUAGGCUCCUUCAAGUAUCAGGUGUCAGCGAUAGGAAAAGAGAAUCCAUACCGGUUGCGGCCAUUCGUUGGGGUUCGCAUGCCGCUCAACAGUAGCUACACACCACUCAUCUACAUGCACAACCCCCAUAGUUCGACUAUUCAGCUAACUGAAAUUUACACGAGUGGCGGAGAUUUACACCUUGAAAUGCCAGAUGGUGAAAACAAGAUUUCGAAAGAACUUUGGGAGAUUCCUCCGUACAAGACUAAGCCAGUCAUGAAGGCAAACUUUGUGUCCCGAAUCGAGAAAAACCACACAGCGUUCAUCCGCAUAAAGCUCAACAGCACCACCCGUGUAGACCUAAUUCUACCUGUAGAAGUGGAAGUUGUAUCGUUGCCUGGCAUUUUUUCACCUACCGAGACUCUCGACUUCGGAGUCAUGCACAGCCAGGAUGAGCCGAGGACUCUCCCUUUGAACCUCCUAAACUCUGGGCCCAAACAGCUUUACAUUAGUAAUGUCAUUGUUACCCCGGUGAACGAGGCAGUUGAAGUCAAGUUCACGCCAACCAAGGUGCCCCCUGACACAGUUCGGUCCACACAAGUUGCAACAGUGACCUACAUUCCCUCGAAAGUUAAGCACCUGAAACAAUGCUCAGGCAGGAUUGUGGUGAAGUCCAAAAACAACCAGUACAAGUUGACGAUACCAUUCCAGGUAUACUUCAUGAAUGGGUCACUAGAGUACAAUGUGAAUGGUACUGUGUUCUACAUAGGGAGAGCGAAGAGCCUUAGCAAGUCGGAUGUUAGGCCGCUCAAUAUUUCCAAUACUUUCCCAGUGCCAGUCGUCAUCCACAGCAUUGAACUUCAACCAGAGAGUCAACCUCAUUUUACUGUCAUAUUUAACUCAUCAACAGUUCUGCAGCCAAACGAAACAAAACCAGUAGUAUAUCUCAAGUUUCAUCCACAGAAGACAGCUCUGCAACUGAACGCAACGCUAAGGCUGCAUACAAACAUAUCGCACUUCAACAUUCCUCUCACAUGCUACAGCGGCAGGCUCACACUGAGGCUUCACCACGCUGUCAACAAUGAGUCCUUUCUUGACUUUGGUACUCUUGGUAUUGGGAACAAGCGCAGCAUGUUUUUUGUGGUUAUCAAUGAGAAUCCUAUUGAGGUGGUAAUCAAACACUGGGGCACAAAUAUGACCAAGACAUUAGUCGAGCUUGCUGCUGAGGCUGAGAACAGCAGCACACUAGUCGGGAACUACAAUUUCUCAAGCGUCGUGAGAAAGGUCACACUGCUGCCCCUGCAUUAUGCACUGUUUCGAAUCACUGUCACAGCACCAGAGACUGAGGGGGUUUUCUGGGGUGAAGCCUCCAUCGAAACAAACCACGAGGUGCUUAAGGUCCAGUUCACAAUGAGAACGGCUAAGGGCAGCCUCAUGUCGGAUCCGAUUGUAUUCGAGAAUGCAUUUCCGGGUAAAGUGUCAUCGCAGAAUCUGUACAUCCACAGUACAUUUUCACACUCAAUGACGGUGACUUCCGUGCAAACAGUUCCUGAAGAUUCUAGGUUUUAUUUCGAAGUGACUCAGAAUGCUUCGCCUGUGCUGCAACCAAGGAGUAAAAACUGGGCAGGGAAGCUGUACUUUGACCCCAGACGUGAGUGCAAGAAGGAGUGCUACAGCGGGCUGCCAACAGUAACAGCAGAGGGCCACCAGUGGUUAUCUGGUUUGAACCUGCCCAGUGAUGUUGGUGAUGCAGACCUCGAGAUCUUUCAAAGCAUCCACUCACGCUGGCUGGCUGUGCAGGAAAGCAGACGGCACGUUGUCAACGUGACGCUAAAAGUGGACACAAGCGAGGCACAGGGUUUUCUCAUGGAGGCUCAAGUGCUCUUUCACUGGCCAAAGCUGUCGACAAAGAACGUUCUGAAGUUCCCUGUCACACAAGUGGGAAACCUCACAGUGAGGCAACUGACACUGGAGAAUCCAUCCAGCCUUCCUGUGCUGGUUCAGGUGUUGCCGUUAUUCUUGUACCCCGACUUGGACGCAGCCCUCACCAUGGCUGCACACUCAACCAGCAUGCUGAAUCUUUCAUCGGCAUUGAAGAGUGAGCCCCACGUGUUCACCCUGCAGGACCUUGAGGAGUACAACCCAAGCCCUGACAAUGUGUUCCUAGCCUAUGGCAAAGGCCUUGAGGAAUACUUCCACGUUCAGCCUCAUAGGAGGUCUCUGGCCUUCCAACUGACGCCAGGCAUGAGGGUACGCAUGAAGGUUGGCUUCUCACCCAAGGAUGACCAGCCUGCUGCCUCCCUGUUGCUCAUUCGGAAUAACCUGACAGUGAUGAGUGCAGUGGUGCUAAAGGGCCAAGGUGGUUACGGCCAGCUGCGGCUUGGCAACAAGGUUCCAGGUGCGAAUGACGCUGCGCUGACUUUCGAACUAUCGGAAAGUCAUCUGAAAGACUGUGACGGCACAAGAAAUGGGCGCCUGUCACAACCCAACUUCACGGUGCGACGGGGUUUCACAGCCCGCAACACAGGUCAACUUCCAGUGUUUGUUCAAGGUUUCUACAUCAGUGGCAAGCCGUGUCAGGGAUAUGGCUUCAGGGUGUUGGAUUGCCACGGCUUCGAGCUAAAGCCAAAUGCCACCCGACGCAUCGACAUUGCGUUUACACCCGAUUUCAUGCUGUCACUCGUGGAGCACACACUGGAGCUGCAGACGAGCCUGGGUCCUGGCCACGUGGCCUACAAGAUGUCUGCGACAGUGCCGCGACAAUACCUGGGGCUAUGCCAGGCGUCGCUGCCGCGCCCUCGCUGGGAGCCUUUCAUGCAGUGCUGCGCACUCAGUGCGGCACUCUUCCUGCUACUCUGCGCGCUGGCCUAUGCCUACCUGGAGCGAGAUCGCAUCCUGCACACAAGUUUUUACCCACUCACUACACUGACCGACCAGGGAGCUGUGGCCUAUCCCACUGGAAAGUUGCAGGCGUUUGACCUGCGCUCCCUGGCUGCUUCUUCUUCACAAGUUGUUGUGGCUGACGGCCAGAGCUAUAGCUCAAGCUACAGCAAAGCACCAAGCAGUAGCAGCUGCAGGCGAAAGAACCACGACAUGCACCAACAACACAUGGGGCCAUGCAGGGUCGACACAUCCUGCCAGGUGUCGACAAGUAGGAGCUCGACGUCAUUAUCACGGACACCAGACGCCGAGCACCACUCUACGCGAGACCCGGACACAGACCGGGGCGGGAGCCGAAAUGGCGUGCGGCGCCGCACCAAUGCCAAGCAGAAGCAGGAAACCGGCGUGCAGGCAUCUCUGGCGCCAGCGAGGUCGGAGUCACCUAUACGUGCGAAGCCAACGGUGCCGGCUUCGAUGAUGGUGAAGAAAGCUGUAGACGAGAGAGAUGACACUCAGCAGGCGGCAUGGUGGAAGUUGGUGAUGUGGUUCAACACAGAGGCGUGGAGCAGGGAACGCAGCGUGGAGGCAGUGGCGAGCGUCGCAACUCAGACGGCGCGCGAGAACCAAGUGCUCGUUGGGGAGAAGAAAGACGACGACAGGAAGAGCAGGCGCAAGAAAAUGGUGAUAGAAGAGGAGACGUCGUCGACAACGACGGAGACUUCAAAUGCAGACUCCGACUUGAGUGAAAAGGAUCAUACGUUGCUGCAUCUACCAGAUGUGUGCACGUCGGCAAAGUUAACAAAAGGCAAGCGGCCAAAGCUAAAAGGUGGCCCCGAACCAGGCAGCAGCGGAGGUAUGGCCGAGCCCAGCAAUCAGUCGCCCUUUGGCGCCCCUUUGUUUGCACCCGAUGGGAACAUUGUAGACGAGAGCUUCGAGGCCAGCACAAAGCCUAAAGCGCACAAGAAAAACAAAAUUGAGAGGAAGAGGGCUCAUGAUGAAGAAGUAAUCAGGCCGAGCACAUUGGAGCUGCCUUACAAGCCGAAGACAACCGUAGAAACCAAAGAACCACACGUACCGCGACCUGAAGUCUUACGGCUAUCCACUGAACUCAGGAAAGCUGCUGAAAUGAAAAUUAAAGCACGGUCUUCUUCAUUCGAGAGUGAGCCUGAAUCGCACUUGAGGAGAAGCUCUCCACCUCCGCUAUGGGAUUCGCCAAAGGAAGCAAGGUGUGCCCCAGACGACGCAUUGGCAGAAAUAGCCAGGCAGACGGAAAACUUUGCCCUUCAGCAAAAGAGCACACGGGCAAGCCGCCCUCUGAGCUACUCGGCCGCUGUGGCCGGCUCCACCUCAUCCAGGCCAUCGAGGGCGGCGGAUAGCCCACCACGUCCUCCCGCACCUCCUGUCAAUCGCAGCCCUGGUGUUGUCGGCCAAAAGCCCACUGGGCUUGCCGUGGAGCCUCCGCUGAAGACGAAAUCUGCUCCGCUUGGCCAUUCCUGGGAUGCCAUGAGUAGGGCACUGCCGGACCUUCCAGUCGACACAUUUUCCUUAGCGGAUAAACCAAAGGAACCUUGGCCGGAACCACCCGAUCCUAAGCAGGAAAUCGCACCUGUACUUAGAAACAUGUGCGCUUCCUUCUCACCGGGCAACUUGCGGACAAGCAACACAUAUUCUGUACCUUCUCCUGAGGCCACCUACAGUCCGUGGUCAACGCCGAGGCCCACGCCUGCAGACUUUGCAUCCCCCUGGAAAGGCACAGCAUCCAACAACACACCAGUUGGGAUGGUCCCCACGAGCCAGUGGGGUGCCCCAGAUGUGAGAGCGCCCUCAACGCACAGUGAAGCCGACCGCUGGGCACCCACCCCCCCACAGCGUCCCAUUGGAUCUGGUGAUACCACACGAGCGAAAAGAAGCUCAGGAAGAAAGACCCAUUUAUGGGAACCGGCACCAACACCACCAGCUCCGGCAGCCGCAUUACCAUCUGUGUGGGGCUCUAGCUGGUGGAGCAGCAACUCCGUAACGUUGCCUUCCGGAACGCCACUGUCACCUGGCGGCUUGCCUCAGGGCGACACAUCACCCACCGAAUCCAUGUCCAAUAUGGUGUCAUCUCUAGGCAUGGACUCUCCAGACGCCAGCUUGGACCCGGCAGCAUCUUUUGAACACCUAAAUCCUAGCAGCCUGGGUGCAGCGCUGUCACACAGUAUUUGGACACAGCAGCAGCCAACUGGCAUAUCUCACCCGUGGCACGUCUCGACUAACUACAGCCUGUUCCAAGACAGUGCAACCAUGCCAGUUGGCCAGCCCCCAGUGGGCGGCAGCAACGGAAGCAGCUCCGUCAAGGGUCCGCAUCAUGCCCCUUUGGGUUGGCAAGACAAGGAGUCCUUCUGAACAGAGAGAUUGCCCACCGCUUCCAGCGCGCACACACACACACACCCCAGCAAUACUUCCCACAAACUGUUGACUUACUUGUGUUCCGCUCACUCCCUGUUCGUUUGUUUAAUUCGUGCGUCUCCCGUCAAUUGUACAACUGACCAUUGCCAAAUUGCAACGAACGACUUGGGACUGGGCGAUGGCGUACAGUGCCAAAACGUUGUUCGAGUGGCUGGUAUAAUUAUACGACGCAGGCUCUCUGUUCUCUUGGUAUCACGUCUGCACGAUCGAUGGCUCAUAGAAAUGCUUCACCUCCUGGGCAUUACACAAAAAGUUAUCAAAAAGCUGCACCAUGCUAACUUUGCACGUGAACUCCAGUUGCUCGUAACCACCCUUGAGUGAAGAAGUGUUUGCUGUUUGUAAAUGUUGCUGUGCGUGUUUUGACUGGUGUAGGAAGAACUGUGUGUCGGUAAGGAUUGGAACCUAUGUGCACGGUGUCGAAGUAAAUCUCGUUCGUAGCACGUGGCUAGAAUGCCUUACUUAUCACCCUUGCACCUUCAGCUAGAGGCUUGUGUUGUUUACUCAGCUGUACUUUGAUGUGCAUUUCCCAGGACAAGGUAUGAAGCGCAGCACCAGACUGGUUACUCUGUGCCAGCUGCCAAAAAUGUUUACUUGUUCGGUACACUCAGUUUACGCUUUAUGCUGCACAAAAUGUGAGCAUGGCAAGACAUCACACAUCUAUGGUUGUGGUGUUCAUACUGUGCAGGAAGCACCGAGGCAAGGAGGAUAUUUCUGGCAGCUGGUACGCUCACUUGCUCUUCACGAGUCGUGCCAUUCUUACAACUUUUAGUUAGGCUUAUCACGGUAUUUUUUUUUUCCCCUCUUGCUAGAUGUGCACGCACUCUUUUUCAACCUGCACCCAUUUACAAGCAAAAGACGUUGUUUGGUUUAUUUAGUCCAUAGCUUUACGUUUGAAGCGUGGCAAUAAAUUAAAUGAUCGAGACAACAGGAAAGGUGCUUUGUUAGCGCGCGUUGUGGUGCGUCUGCUGUAUCUCUUGACUUUGCAUAUGUUGCAUUGCUUGCUGAUAAUCCCUUUCAAGGCUUCUGAUUUUUCUGUUUACAAGUAUGGGUUCAUUAUUUAUUGCAGACAUUGAAGAAACUUGUUUGUUAGCCGAUACAUUUGAACGUGCUACUCUAUUGCUCUUAGGUCAUGUUGUGGUUCAUUGGGAUGAGAAACACAUGAAUGCGUUGCUUGCGUUUCCAGCAGGGCGGAGGACUCCCCCGCAGCGUGCUGACCAUUUUGAAUGGCCCUUUGGUGAUACGUGUGCUCGAGCGACCAAGACUAAGCCUUCUUUAAAAUUCGUACUGUUUUCUUCAGAGACACCAGCAAGACACACGCUGAGAGUUUGGCUUACACACGCUGUGCGGUUUAUGCGGAUUACCUUCUGCUGUUUACGGCAGCCGUACGCUUGUGUGAUAACUUCUCACAUUGGACCAUGUUGCAUGCUAAAGCAGCGUAAUGAUGACUGGCGCACUGGCAAAAAAGAAAAGAGAACGAAAGUUUGCAUUGUGCUGUGUGAUCCAGCUAAUGUGACCUGCGAAACACGUUUGUACGUUUCAUUCUGGGCUUGCCGUAUCGGAAUUUUAUGUGCUGCAAUGCAGCGACUGAGGCCAAUGCUAAUGUUUUCAGCCAGCGAAAAUUCCGCACAGUUGUCCUUGUAACUCACUGCUGUAUAUUUUGUAUUCAUUCUUAAAAUAUUUGCAAGCAAGAGUUGCCCAGCUGGGAAAUGUUUGUGUAUAGUAGUACUAUUUGAGUUUGAUGGGAAGUGUGAAAUCUGAAGAAUGCUGCUGCACGUGUAUUGUUGCCAACGAACCAAAAGAGUUAUUACAUGGCAUUUAGUACAUGUUCUGCAGGUUUAGUUGCUUUGACUCGCAUGCCUGUUUGCUUGUGUUUUAAUAUCUUGAAAUUAACGUUUUUUUUUGUUUGUGUGGGGGGUUCAAGUGAACACCUCGUUGUUGCCUAGUCAAGGUUCGCAAAGUUUUAGUGAAAAGAGUGGCUGCUGCAAGAAGCAUCAGUUUAUAGUGCAUUUGCAUAGUGCAGUUCCUGUUUGUGGAAACGAAUUUUUUAAUAUGUUUCUUUUUUUCUUUUUUUUAAGCAGUGCAGCAGCAUCACUAAUCCACAUUGGGGUGCGACCAUUGUAUAAUAUGCUGUUAGCGUUAUUCUGCACAUUCCGUUAAGGCUUUUCUAGGACAUCGAAUUGCAUUUACAGACUUGUUUGACGGCAUCGGGAGAAGCGUAUUUUAAAGUUAACUAUUGCUCACACUGUUCUACUACCCUUAACCAUAAUGUACGCAUUGCUCUUGCGAAUAGACCCAAGAUUGGCGUUAAAUCUGCUGAUGCCUUGCCUGCGCAUUGAUCACUUGCAACCUCCUGUUACUGCCGUAAUUGGCAAGAGAAGAAAAAGAAACGGGAAGGGGAGAUCUGUUAUUUACAGCUUGCAAAGAAAAUUUCAUGCCUCGAUUGCAGACCUAUGGAUGUUGCGCUCUGCGAAGUUGUUUUAACUUUCUGUAAAGAUUAUUUUUAUCGUUUUGAAUCAUUUACAAUGUUACAGCUUCUGCCAAAGCAGUGUGCAGAGUCAUGUUUUAUCAUCAUUCUACAGAAAUAUAUUGGAUUUUUGUGUAGUAAGCACAUACGUAAAAAAAGAAUGGUACAGCCGAUACUCUUGUGUUAAAGUGUUGCACCUAUAGCAGUGUGUGCUCAAGUCGAGGACACGCUGAGGCCCAUUGGCCUUAUUGUAAAGCACUGCCAGAACAGCUGUGUUUUUGUUGACAUUGCAGCAAACAUGCCUUGCACAGAACACUGUAGAGUUUUCCUACUUAACUGUGUGGUCCUUUGUUCUCUGUGUAGCGGUGGGCUUGUGGCGAGAAGCGUGCAGACACUUCGUGUUGGCAUCUGUUUUUUUUUUCUCUGUGCUGGAGUAAAUUGAUGUGUGCUUAAUGCUGUGUUAGAGCAAAUGUGCCCUGCUCCCAUGUUUAAAAGAAAAAAAAUGAAAAAGAAAUACCACACCUGUUUGGCUGUUGCAGUUGCCUAACAUGGUCAACACUGCCGCCUGCCAUGCUGUUGUCAGUUCAAUGUUUGCAGAGUUCCUUCUAAAGAAAACUGAGAGGAAUUUCUAUCCAAACUUCGUUAUUGGCUCAUAGAAAUAAAGAGAGUCCAACACCA